AAUAGUUUGGGAAAAUACUACCAACUAUUACAUUGUAAUAAGACUUCUUAGUAUUAUAUUUAUGCUAGUGUUUAGGAACUUAUCAAGGAUCAAGUUGCAAAUAUGUACCUCUGGCCUAAGUACCUAGAAGUACCUAUUUUGGAUCCUUCUAAAGCUGCAAAGAAACCGGUUGAGAUUCUUAAUGUAAAGGUCGUGAGGGGAAUAAAGCUUAAAAAGAAGGACGUUAUGGGCAAGUCAGACCCUUAUGUGAAGCUAAAGCUUACUGAAGACAAGUUAUCCACAAAGAAGACAACAGUCAAACAUAGCAAUCUAAAUCCUGAAUGGAAUGAGGAGUUCAAUUUGGUGGUCAAGGACCCAGAAUCUUAAGAAAGUUCUAUUCGCUGCUGUACUUUUCUUUUUUGGUCGGAACCUAGUUUAGAUAUGUGAUUUUGUUUUUUCAUUUUUCAAUUUUAAAUAAUGAGUUUUUAAUUUGUAAUAUAUUUACAAUCACUCAACUUAUUUUAA